AUGAGCAAACGCCGCGCAAUCCGUAAAAUGUUGACGAUAUCGGACGGAUACUGGGGAUUUGUGCAUCAGAAACGCUUCUAUCGAUGGAUGUACGCAUCGCUAACGUUCUUUGCCAUCUUUGCCGUGGUCGUGGCUUUCUUUGACGUGGGUGCCGGUACGACACAUGCUGCACGCUUUGUGGCCAGUAAGUACACGCAGGGCCAAUUAGACGAGAAUCUGCGGCUGUUGCAAUGGAUUUACAUUUUCUACCCGACACCGUGCGCUUUUGCGUGGAUCCUCGUCUAUUUUGCCAAGUUCUUCUUUUGCUGGGAGAUCAAGCGUCUGCGCAAGGCGCGGAAUUACAAGUACAAUCUCAUGUUAGCGUCAUUAAUUGUCGCUGUCUUCUAUGCUUUUGUCCUGAAAUCGGUGCUCAAGAUGACGCUCUACUCGGGCCCUAAACUCCGUAGUGCGAUUCUUAUUGGACUCUGUGAGCUUGGCCUUGUAGGUAUUGAGGUGUUUGAUGAACGGAAAAAGCGCAAGGAUCGUCAUCAAAAGAAGAAAUUGCUACGAGAACAGCUGGCAGCUGACGAGCAGACAUACCGUCAACCUCAACUUAAAUCUGACGCGGAGCAGCAGCAAUUGGCACAUGCUAUAGACCCUGCGGCCAUGCUGUAG